GACGCCGACGCCGACGCCAGUGCCGCGCCGGCCCGCUCCAAGGCCGCCGCCAACGACGCCGACGAGCACGACGACACGCCCGGCCUCGGCUUCCCGCACUUCGCGCAGCACACGCCGUGGCACGAGCGCAGCUGGGCCUACCAGUUCCUGCCGUUCCGCGGCAUGUACUACGACGUGCGCCGCCGCGCGCCCUACGCAGUCGUCGACUGGACCACGGCCUUCCGCCCGCACAACUGGUGGACCGUGCUGCAGGGCAUCCCGCGCAUGUACUUCAUCAACCUCAUGCCGGCCAUCGCCUACGUGCUCGACAUGUACCACCGCACCGAGGGCGCGUACGGCAUCAACGAGGUCAUCCUCGCCUCGGCGCUCGCCGCCAUCGUCUUCUCCGUCUUCUCGAUGCAGCCGCUGACGUUUGUCGGCGUCACCGGUCUGAUCAACCUGGUCAACUACACGCAAUACGACAUCGUCGUGCAGUACUACGGCCUCUCGCAGAUGGACUACCUUCGCGUGCAGGCGUGGUCGCUCAUCUGGGCUGCCGGCUUCCACUUCAUCGUCGCCGCAUUCAACAUCUGCGACUUUACGCGCUUCAUCACCGACAUGACGUCCGAGACGUUUGGCUUCUAUGUUGGCAUCGUGUACAUCCAGAAGGGCAUCGAGCUGCUCAUCCUCGAAUUCGAGCCGCUGCCGCUCGACAAUGCGACGGGCUGGCUCUCAGUGGUGAUUGCCAUCCUCUUCACCGUCUCGGUGUACCUCGUCUCGGCCGUGGGCCGCACGUCGGCGCUGCCGUUCAAGCUGCGCUCGUUUGUGGCCAACUUUGCCUUUACCGCCGGCAUCCUCUUCUGGACGGGCUUCUCCAACAUGCCCGAGAACAGCCUGCGCCGCGUGCCGCUCGAGCGCCUGCCCAUCACGCGCGCCUUCUUCCCGACGAUGGACCGCUCGUGGUUCAUCGACUUCUGGAACAUCGAGCUGCGCUGGGUCUUCGUGGGCGCCGGCUUUGGCUUCGGCAUCGUCGUGCUCUUCUACUUUGACCACCAGGUCAGCAGCGUCAUGGCGCAAGCGCGCAAGUAUCCCGUGAAGCGCCCGGCUGGCUUCCACUGGGACUUUUUCCUGCUCGGCAUCACGACGCUGGUCUCGGGCUUCCUCGGUCUGCCUGCGCCGAACGGCCUCGUGCCGCAGUGCCCGUGGCACACCGACUCGCUCUCCGUGUUCAAGCAGGUCUCCGAGCCCGUCGACGACGAGGCCGACCCGCGCGCGACGCGCAUGCGCUCCAAGGCCAAGAUCGUCAACACGCGCGUCGUCGAGCAGCGCUUUUCGCACUUUGCCGUCGGCCUGCUGACGGUCGGCACAAUGACACGCCCGUUGCUCGUCGCACUCGGCACGAUGCCCCGCGCCGUUUUCGCCGGCGUCUUCAUUCUCGUGGGCUGGAUGUCGAUCGAGGGCAACGCAAUCACGACGCGCACGCUCGCGAUCUUCCGCGACGACGCCAUGGUCGCGGCCGACGACCCGCUGCUGAAGCUGCGCCGCAGCAAGAUUGCGCUCUUCGUCGGCAUCCAGUGGCUCUUCUUCGCGAUGACGUUUGCCAUCUCGCAGACGAUCGCCGCGAUCGGCUUCCCGAUCAUCAUCGUGCUGCUACUGCCGCUGCGCACGCUCGUGCUGCCCAAGUGGUUCUCGCCCGAGGAGCUGCGCAUCCUGGACGCGCCGACGGCCGACUCGGAGGUCGUGCUCGCGAGCAUCGGCGGUGGCUUUGGCGUCACCGGCAAGGGCGAGCGUGUGGCGCGCGACACUGGCAUCGCCGGCGAGCUGUGGGACGGCGACGACGACGACAACAAGCACAGCCGCGGCGGC